CUCUGCCGGGUCUGUGUGGAUUCUAACCCCUGCUCUGCCGUGUCUGUCCCUCCCCCAGUGGACCUGUUGGAGAGUUUUGAGAACCACCCCCCCAUCGUCCUCCCCAGCGGGGGGUUCAGAGUGGACCUAGACAGUGACUCUAUAGAGGACAGCAUCUACAGACAGCUGCUCUACGUUAGACACUUCCUCUGGGGGCUACGCACCAAGACUCACCCCACUGGCAACAACACACACACUCACCCCACUGGCAACAACACACACACUCACCCCACUGGCAACAACACUCACACUCACCCCGCUGUCAACAACACACACCCCACUGUCAACAACACACACACUCACCCCACUGUCAACAACACACACACACACACUCCCACGGCGGUUAACGGGACUGGAACACGAACGAGCACCGGGACUAGUACCGCCCCUGCAGACUGGCAGGAAGCACAGGUAGGUCACGUGAUGCACACACACACGCACACACACGCACGCACGCACACACACACACACACACACACGCACACACGCACACACGCACACACACACACACACACACACACACACACACACACCCACUCCUUGCAGUAAUCCGGGCCAUGUGCCUCAGCAGCUGUGGUUCUUUAGUAGUUACCAGUAAUCUUUUACAUGAAAGACAAAAGGCCCUUUACUCCGUCCACACACAUCGAUGUGCACACAGACAAUACUGCCCCCCCCCCCCUCCCCCCCCCCCCCCCCCCCCCCCCCCCCCCCCCCCCCCUCCCCCCCCGCCCAAUCACACCCACCCACACCCUGGCGGUGCGGGGUCCUAGACAUGACAGCCAUGGUAAUCAGAUUAAGGCUUUAGGACCAGUAAGUAGUUCAUCAGGACGGCUGGCUGGGAGAGGCCUACUGCGGCCAACACUCCUGUCUUUAACAGUAUUGUAAUUGUGUGUUGUUUUAUCCCCCCUCCCCCCCCCCCAUCCAGAGGGAGUGUCCUCUGUCCCACAAUACUCCCCGGUCAGGAGGGGGGGAGGCGGGGGAGACGGGUGAGGAGUGGGUGACGGACAGACCCCCAGGCCAAUCUCACAGCAGUGUGAGGAGGAAUGGCACCGCCCACCACCCCCGGGCAACCAACCAGGACCCUUCGUGCCUCCUGACUCCGCCCAACACGCCCUUGUACCCUGAGGGGGGCGGGGCUGACCUGGUUGGACACGCCCCAGAAGCAACGGGAUAGACGGUAAGGACCUGUCGAAAUGAUACGGGUAAUAUGACCCCCGGCAACCAGCAGAGGGUAAGACCCUCUAGAAAAUAUGGGUAAUAGGACAUGGCAACGGGCUGCGUAAAGCCACCUCACGCAUUAUAGGGUAAUACCAAACGGCAACGGACCUAAGGGAAAGACCUCCUGACUGACAUAAUACGGCUUUAACCUGAAGGGGUAGAGGGAAAGACUCUCUGACAUAUUGGGAAUAAACAUCGCCAACGACUAGAGGGGUAAAGGACUGCUCAGACAUAUUGGGUAAGAACAUCGCAACGAUGGAGAGGGAAAGACCUUACGGACAUAUAGACGGGUAAUGACAUGCACGGCAGAGUAAAGACUCCUUACUGACAUAUAUAUGGGUAAUAUAACAUCGGCAACAGACUAGAGGGGAAAGACUCCUCUACUGACAUAUAUAUGGGUAAUAUAACAUCUGCAACAGGCUAGAGGGUAAAGACUCCUCUACUGACAUAUAUAUGGGUAAUAUAACAUCUGCAACGGGCUAGACGGUAAAGACUCCUCUACGGGUAAUAUAACAUCGGCAACGGCUAGAGGGUAAAGACUCCUCUACUGACAUAUAUAUGGGUAAUAUGACAUCGGCAACAGGACUAGAGGGUAAAGACUCCUCUACUGACAUAUAUAUGGGUAAUAUGAACUCGGCAACGGACUAGAGGGUAAAGACUCCUCUACUGACAUAUAGAGGGUAAUAUGACAUCGGCAACAGGCUAGAGGGUAAAGACUCCUCUACUGACAUAUAUAUGGGUAAUAACAUCGGCAACAGGACUAGAGGGUAAAGACUCCUCUACUGACAUAUAUAUGGGUAAUAUGACAUCGGCAACGGACUAGAGGGUAAAGACUCCUCUACUGACAUAUAUAUGGGUAAUAUGACAUCGGCAACAGGCUAGAGGGUAAAGACUCCUCUACUGACAUAUAUAUGGGUAAUAUAACAUCGGCAACGGACUAGAGGGUAAAGACUCCUCUACUGACAUAUAUAUGGGUAAUAUGACAUCGGCAACAGACUAGAGGGUAAAGACUCCUCUACUGACAUAUAUAUGGGUAAUAUGACAUCGGCUAGAGGGUAAAGACUCCUCUACUGACAUAUAUAUGGGUAAUAUAACAUCGGCAACAGGCUAGAGGGUAAAGACUCCUCUACUGACAUAUAUAUGGGUAAUAUGACAUCGGCAACGGACUAGAGGGUAAAGACUCCUCUACUGACAUAUAUAUGGGUAAUAUAACAUCGGCAACAGGCUAGAGGGUAAAGACUCCUCUACUGACAUAUAUAUGGGUAAUAUAACAUCGGCAACGGACUAGAGGGUAAAGACUCCUCUACUGACAUAUAGACGGGUAAUAUAACAUCGGCAACGGACUAGAGGGUAAAGACUCCUCUACUGACAUAUAUAUGGGUAAUAUAACAUCGGCAACAGGCUAGAGGGUAAAGACUCCUCUACUGACAUAUAUAUGGGUAAUAUGACAUCGGCAACGGACUAGAGGGUAAAGACUCCUCUACUGACAUAUAUAUAUGGGUAAUAUAACAUCGGCAACAGGCUAGAGGGUAAAGACUCCUCUACUGACAUAUAUAUGGGUAAUAUGACAUCGGCAACGGACUAGAGGGUAAAGACUCCUCUACUGACAUAUAUAUGGGUAAUAUAACAUCGGCAACAGGCUAGAGGGUAAAGACUCCUCUACUGACAUAUAUAUGGGUAAUAUAACAUCGGCAACGGACUAGAGGGUAAAGACUCCUCUACUGACAUAUAGACGGGUAAUAUAACAUCGGCAACGGACUAGAGGGUAAAGACUCCUCUACUGACAUAUAUAUAUGGGUAAUAUAACAUCGGCAACAGGCUAGAGGGUAAAGACUCCUCUACUGACAUAUAUAUGGGUAAUAUGACAUCGGCAACGGACUAGAGGGUAAAGACUCCUCUACUGACAUAUAUAUGGGUAAUAUAACAUCGGCAACAGGCUAGAGGGUAAAGACUCCUCUACUGACAUAUAUAUGGGUAAUAUAACAUCGGCAACGGACUAGAGGGUAAAGACUCCUCUACUGACAUAUAGACGGGUAAUAUAACAUCGGCAACAGGCUAGAGGGUAAAGACUCCUCUACUGACAUAUAUAUGGGUAAUAUAACAUCGGCAACGGACUAGAGGGUAAAGACUCCUCUACUGACAUAUAUAUGGGUAAUAUAACAUCGGCAACAGGCUAGAGGGUAAAGACUCCUCUACUGACAUAUAUAUGGGUAAUAUGACAUCGGCAACGGACUAGAGGGUAAAGACUCCUCUACUGACAUAUAUAGUGCCUUCGGAAAGUAUUCAGACCCCUUGACUUUUUCCACAUUUUGUUACCUUACAGCCUUAUUCUAAAAUGGAAUAAAUAAAUAAAAAUCCUCAGUAAUCUACACACAAUGCGAAAACAGAUAUCUUAUUUACAUAAGUAUUCAGACCCUUUGCUAUGAGACUUGAAAUUGAGCUCAGGUGCAUCCUGUUUCCAUUGAUCGUCCUUGAGAUAUUUCUACAACUUGAUUGGAGUCCACCUGUGGUAAAUUAAAUUGAUUGGACAUGAUUUGGAAAGACACACCUGUCUAUGUGCAUGUCAGAGCAAGAACCAAGCCAUGAGGUCGAAGGAGUUGUCCGUAGAGCUCCGAGACAGGAUUGUGUCAAGGUACAGAUCUGGGGAAGGGUACCAAAAACAUUCUGCAGCAUUGAAGGUUCCCAUGAACACAGUGGCCUCCAUCAUUCUUAAAUGGAAGAGGUUUGGAACCACCAAGACUCUUCCUAGAGCUGCUCCAGAGCGCUCAGGACCUCAGACUGGGGGGGUCGAAGGUUCACCUUCCAACAGGACAACCACCCUAAGCACACAGCCAAGACAACGCGGGAGUGGCUUCGGGACAAGUCUCUGAAUGUCCUUGAGUGGCCCAGCCAGAGCCAGGACAUGCAAUAUAGCACAGUGUUUUAUAUUAAACUCAUAUUUAUCAAGGGUGUCAAUAAUUAUGGACCUGACUAACAUAUACACAGCAAUAUAGUUUUUUACAGUAUGUAAAACAUACAUGCAUGUAUUUAUAUAUAAAAUAUAACAUCAGCAAUGGACUUGACGAUAUAAAUUCAUGUACAGCAACAUAUAAGAAAAUAUACUUUUGACAUAAUCUAUACGAAAUACACCAUAACAGGAGAACGGACUGACACCAGAACUGUAGAGAGGAGCGCUGUUGUUCCCUGAUAACCUCUGGAUGUGCGCCCUCUGGUGAUAGGGUUCAGUACUGCACGUCUAUGGCUUUACAUGUAACUUUUACAUUUUAGUCAUUUAGCAGACACUAAUCACAGAGCAAAUUUACAGGAGCAAUUAGGGUUAAGUGCCUUGCUCGAGAUGUAGCACGUAGUCGGCUCAGGGAACAGAACCAGCGACCUUUCGGUUACUGGGCUUAACCGCUGGGCUACCUGCCCUCCAGUCUACGCUGUCUGUUUAGUUGUUUAGUCGUUGACUGUGUGUGUUCGUAGUUCUGUGUUUGUGGGACUGCCUUGUAGCUCUGUGUGUUAGUUGUUCUGUGUUUGUGGGACUGCCUUGUAGCUCUGUGUGUUCGUAGUUCUGUGUUUGUGGGACUGCCUUGUAGCUGUGUGUGUUAGUUCUGUGUUUGUGGGACUGCCUUGUAGCUCUGUGUGUAUCUAGCUGUGGUGUGUGUGUGUGUGUGUCCUCUGUGCAGGUAGUGUGUGUGAGUUCCCCUUCCCCGUGCCUCCCGGGCCCCUGCUAGCUGAUGAUGAGUGUUGUCUGGUGUUUGUAGUGGAGCUGAACAAGGGGCCAUACGGACUGGGCAUGGGACUCAUCGAUGGACUGGUGAGUAAAUCAAAUCAAAUGUUAUGCUUCGUAAAACAACAGGUGUAGACUAACAGUGAAAUGUUUACUGACGGGUCCUUUUCCAACAACGCAGAGUUAAAGAUAAAGAUAAAAUAUAUAAAAUAAAAAUACAAAUGUGACAAGGAAUAAAUACACAGUGAAUAACAUUAACGAGUAAAAAUAACAUGGCUAUAUACAGGAAGUACCAGUACCGAGUCGAUGUGCAGGGCUACGAGGUAAUUGAGGUAGCUAUGUACAUAUAGGAAGGGUAAAGUGACUAGGCAACAGGAUAGAUAAGACAGUAGCAGCAGCGUAUGUGGUGAGUGUGUGUGUGUAAUGUGCGUGUAUGUGUGUGAUGGGGUGUCUGUGAGAGUUAGUACAAAAAAGGGUCAACGCAGGUAUUCCAGGUAGCCAUUUGCAAUCCAGAUUGCGUCAUCUGUGGAUCUUUCGGGGCAGUAUGUGACUUGGAGUGGGUCCAGGGUGUCUGGGAUGAUGGUGUUGAUUUGAGCCAUGACCAGCCUUUCAAAGCCUUUCAUGGCUAAUGAUGUGAGCGCUACGGGGCGAUAGUCAUUUAGUUACCUUGGCGAUCUUGGGCACAGGGACUGUGGUCUGCUUGAAACAUGUAGAUAUUACAGACAGGAUCAGGGAGAGGUUGAACAUGUCAGUGAAGAAGUCUCCUGAGUGGCGCAGUUGUCUAAGGCGCUGCAUCGCAGUGCUAGCUGUGCCACUAGAGAUCUUGGUUCGAAUCCGGGCUCUGUCGCAGCCGGCCGCGACCGGGAGACUCAUGGGGCGGCGCACAACUGGCCCAGCGUCGUCCAGGGUAGGAGAGGGAAUGGCCGGCAGGGAUGUAGCUCAGUUGGUAGAGCAUGGCGUUUGCAACGCCAGGGUUGUGGGUUCGAUUUCCACGGGGGGACAGUAUGGAAGAAAAAAAACUAAGUCGCUCUGGAUAAGAGCUUCUGCUAAAUGAUGUAAAUGUAAAUGUAAGAGACUUGCCAGUUGGUCAGACCAUGCCCUGAGUAUGCGUCCUGGUAUUCUGUCUGGCCCCGCGGACUUGAGAAUGUUAACCUGUUUAAUGGUCUUACUCACGGGCCUCCCGAGUGACGCAGCGGUCUAAGGCAGUGCUAGAGGCGUCACUACAGACCCGGGUUUGAUACCGGGCUGUAUCACAACCGGACGUGAUCGGGAGUCCCAUAGGGCGGCGCACAAAUGGCCCAGCAUUGUCCGGGUUAGGGGAAGGGGGGGCUUUACUUGGCUCAUCACGCUCUAGCGACUCCUUGUGGCGGGCCGGGAGCCUGCAGGCUGAACUCGGUCGUCAGUUGAACGGUGUUUCCUCUGACACAUUGGUACGGCUGGGCUAAGCUUCCGGGUUAAGCAAGCGGGUGUUUAGAAGCACGGUUUGGCGGGUCAUGUUUCGGAGGACGCAUGACUCGACCUUCGCCUCCCGAGCCUGUUGGGGGAGUUGGAGCGAUGAGACAAGAUCGAAAUUGGGGAGAAAAAGGGGGUAAAAUACUAAAAUCAAAUGCAAUGAAAAAUAAAAGGUCUUACUCACAUUGGCUACGAAGAGCGAGAUCACACAGUCAUCCGGAAGAGCUGGUGCUCUCAUGCACGGUUCAGUGUUGCUUGUCUCGAAGAGAGCAUAAAAGGCAUUUAUUUCGUCUGGUAGGUUCGCGUCGCUGGGCAGCUCACGGCUGGGUUUCCCUUUGCAAUCUGUGAUAGUUUGCAAGCCCUGCCACAUCCGUCCAGCAUCAGAGCCGGCAUAGUAGGAUUCGAUCUUAGUCCUGUAUUGAUGCUUUGUCUGUUUGAUGGUUCGUCGGAGGUUGUAGCGGGAUUUCUUAUAAGCGUCCGGUUUAGUGUCCCGCUCCUUAAAAACGUCAGCACUAGCCUUUAGCUCAGUGCGGAUGUUGCCUGUAAUCCAUGGCUUCUGGUUGGGGUAAGUACGUACGUACGUACGGUCACUGUGGGGACGACAUCAUCAAUGCACUUAUUAAUGAAACCGGUGACUGAUGUUGUAAAACUCCUCAAUGUUAUGGGAUGAAUCCCGGAACAAAUUCUAAUCUGUGCUAGCGAAACAGUCCUGUAGCUUAGCAACCGCUUCAUCGGAACACUUCCAUAUUCCGUACAUUCGGUUUGUGUUUUUGCUUGUAAGCAGGAAGCAGGAGGAUAUAGUUAUGGUUCUGAUUUGCUAAAGGGAGAGCAAGAGUGGGCCCUGUAUGCGUUUCUGUGUGUGGAAUAAAGGUGAUCUAGAGUUUUGAACACCUCUAGUUGUACAGGAGACAUGCUGGUAAAUAUGAGGUAAAACAGUUUCCCUGCAUUAAAAUCACCGGCCACGAGAAACGCUGCAUCUGAAUGUGCAUUUUCUUGUUUGUUUAUGGCCCUAAACAGCUCAUUGAGUGCGGUCUUAGUGCCAGCAUUGGUUUGUGGUGGUAAAUAGACAGCUAGGAAUAAUAUAGAUGAAAACUCUCUUGGUAAAUACAUUUACAUUACAUUUUAGUCAUUUAGCAGACGCUCUUAUCCAGAGCGACUUACAGUUAGUGAGUGCAUACAUUAUUAUUUUAUUUUUGUCAUACUGAGUAUGGUCUACAGCUUAUCAUGAGGUAUUCUACCUAAGGCGAGCAAAACCUUGAGACUUCCUUAAUAUUAUAGAUCGCGCACAACGUUUCUUAACAUUAUAGAUCACGCACAACGUUUCUUAACAUGAGAGAUUGCGCACAACGUUUCUUAACAUGAGAAAUCGCGCACAACGUUUCUUAACAUUACAGAUCGUUCACAACGUUUCUUAACAUUUGAGAUUGCGCACAACGUUUCUUAACAUGAGAAAUCGCGCACAACGUUUCUUAACAUUACAGAUCGUUCACAACGUUUCUUAACAUUUGAGAUUGCGCACAACGUUUCUUAACAUUAGAGAUUGCGCACAACGUUUCUUAACAUUUGAGAUUGCGCACAACGUUUUCCUAACAUUUGAGAUUGCGCACAACGUUUCUUAACAUUAGAGAUUGCGCACAACGUUUCUUAACAUGAGAAAUCGCGCACAACGUUUCUUAACAUUACAGAUCGUUCACAACGUUUCUUAACAUUAGAGAUUGCGCACAACGUUUCUUAACAUUAGAGACACACAUGGAGGUAUACACACAUUGAGGCCGGGAUUCAAUCCGAUCUCACUUCGUCUACAAUGCACUUUUUAAAGACAAUCUUCCCGAGUUCGCGGAGACACAUUCAAGGUAAAUGCUGCGUAUGUCGGCUCAAACAGAAAUCACCUUCAAAUGCUGCAUUUUCCAAAUCCACGAUCCGAUUAAAUCCCGGCUUUUAUUCAUUGACAAAAUGUACACACAGCAAUAGUGAUUGGCUGAACAUAGUGGGGUGGUAACAUUUAAACAGCUAAACCCUCCUCCUCUCCUCUCUUCCUCCAGCACACUCCUCUGAAUGCUCCGGGUAUCUAUAUCAGAACCCUGAUUCCAGACGGUCCAGCAGCGUCUGACGGGAGGCUGAGGAUUGGAGACCGGAUACUAGCGGUUAACGGGACCAGCCUGAUAGGAGCAGACUACCAGAGGUGAGGAUACUAGCGGUUAACGGGACCAGCCUGAUAGGAGCAGACUACCAGAGGUGAGGAUACUAGCGGUUAACGGGACCAGCCUGAUAGGAGCAGACUACCAGAGGUGAGGAUACUAGAGGGACCAGCCUGAUAGGAGCAGACUACCAGAGGUGAGGAUACUAGAGGGACCAGCCUGAUAGGAGCAGACUACCAGAGGUGAGGAUACUAGAGGGACCAGCCUGAUAGGAGCAGACUACCAGAGGUGAGGAUACUAGAGGGACCAGCCUGAUAGGAGCAGACUACCAGAGGUGAGGAUACUAGAGGGACCAGCCUGAUAGGAGCAGACUACCAGAGGUGAGGAUACUAGAGGGACCAGCCUGAUAGGAGCAGACUACCAGAGGUGAGGAUACUAGAGGGACCAGCCUGAUAGGAGCAGACUACCAGAGGUGAGGAUACUAGAGGGACCAGCCUGAUAGGAGCAGACUACCAGAGGUGAGGAUACUAGCGGUUAACGGGACCAGCCUGAUAGGAGCAGACUACCAGAGGUGAGGAUACUAGCGGUUAACGGGACCAGCCUGAUAGGAGCAGACUACCAGAGGUGAGGAUACUAGCGGUUAACGGGACCAGCCUGAUAGGCGCAGACUACCAGAGGUGAGGAUACUAGCGGUUAACGGGACCAGCCUGAUAGGAGCAGACUACCAGAGGUGAGGAUACUAGAGGGACCAGCCUGAUAGGAGCAGACUACCAGAGGUGAGGAUACUAGAGGGACCAGCCUGAUAGGAGCAGACUACCAGAGGUGAGGAUACUAGAGGGACCAGCCUGAUAGGAGCAGACUACCAGAGGUGAGGAUACUAGAGGGACCAGCCUGAUAGGAGCAGACUACCAGAGGUGAGGAUACUAGAGGGACCAGCCUGAUAGGAGCAGACUACCAGAGGUGAGGAUACUAGAGGGACCAGCCUGAUAGGAGCAGACUACCAGAGGUGAGGAUACUAGAGGGACCAGCCUGAUAGGAGCAGACUACCAGAGGUGAGGAUACUAGAGGGACCAGCCUGAUAGGAGCAGACUACCAGAGGUGAGGAUACUAGAGGGACCAGCCUGAUAGGAGCAGACUACCAGAGGUGAGGAUACUAGAGGGACCAGCCUGAUAGGAGCAGACUACCAGAGGUGAGGAUACUAGAGGGACCAGCCUGAUAGGAGCAGACUACCUCUCUCCUAUCUAUCAUUAAUACUGAAUCUCUGGUGAUCACUAUGUAAUACGACUCUACCUCGCUCCUUCUACCCUUCCUCGCUCCUUCUACCCUUCCUCUCUCUCUCUUUCCUUCCUCUCUCUCUACCCUUCCUCUCUCUCUACCCUUCCACUCUCUCUUUCCUUCCUCUCUCUCUUUCUUUCCUCUCUCUCUUUCUUUCCUCUCUCUCUACCCUUCCUCUCUCUCUACCCUUCCUCUCUCUCUACCCUUCCUCUCUCUUUCCUUCCUCUCUCUCUUUCCUUCCUUCCUCUCUCUACCCUUCCUCUCUCUCUACCCUUCCUCUCCCUCUACCCUUCCUCUCUCUCUACCCUUCCUCUCUCUCUUUCCUUCCUCUCUCUCUUUCCUUCCUCUCUCUCUUUCCUCUCCAGUGCUGUGGAUCUGAUCCGGCUAGGCGGAGGGCGUCUGCGUUUCCUGGUGGCCAAGUCAGACCUGGAGGUCUCAGAGAAGAUCAGCGCUUCGUCCUGCUGACUGGUGGGUACGGCAGGAAUCUCCACCCCGGAACGCUGCCCACAGCUCCAACCAGGAGAGAGGGGGGAAGAGAGGAAGGAAAGAGGUAGAUGACAGGAAGUGUCUGUCAAAGAGAAAGAGGGAGAUACGGAGAGCGGAAGAGAGGAGAUGGAUUCUAGGAAGAUGGACAGAUCCUGGAAUGAGGAGAUACUCCUGGGAGGGAGAAAGAGCUUUCCUUCAAUCCCAACUAUCACAUGCACGGACACACACAACUCUAAUCUGAAAUCAGCCUCAUCCUCUUGAAUGUAAAAAACAGAACUCAGACGAAGAUGGUUGGAAAAAAACUAAAAUCCCAAAUGAAUCGAUCAAGCACCAAACACUGGGAAGACUCAGGAGUUUAUCAGGAGUUUUUUUUGACAAGAGGAGUCAACAGAGAUUUAAAAACCAGACAGACAUUCUAAUGUUCUUUACUGCACUGUUACUACGGUAACACACACCUGCCUGAAUUGGAGGAGGUACCGAGUCACCCUGACUCCCAUUAUCUCUUGAGUAUGACUGCCAAGGCAGUUCGACCAAUCACCUGCGAAUAGUCAGUGAUUGACGCCAAGUCUAACCAAUCAGUCUGGUGUUCUUUUAAAGCACAGUAGAUUUGGAGGCCGUGGUGCGAUUCUCCACCCUUCUCCCCCUGAAGUCAACAAUACAAUGCUUUCAAUCAAACAUGUUGUGGGGAAUAAUCUCAGAAGCAGGUUCCUAUGCGUGAACACAUCUUUAUUAAUAUUACAACCAAGAGAUUAAGCUUUUCUGAUAUGUUCUUAAACUGGGGGCCACUGUUAACCAAUCUGCUGACAAGCACACACGCAUGACAAACCAUUUGAGAUUCAACGAAAGAUGUCCAAAAUGAUGAUCGUUGGACUCUCAUUGACUAUAUAUACAGUGAGGGAAAAAAGUAUUUGAUCCCCUGCUGAUUU